AUGACCAAGUUGGAGGGGAUGUUGCGUGCAUUUGAAAGACGAAAUUUUGCGGGUAAAAACGGGAUUUACAAUGUCAGGUGUCAUCAGCUGGAUUGCCCCAGUUUUCUAGUGGGGGUGCGUGCCUAUAAGUGUUUGGUGCGUGUCGGCAAGUUAACUCUUAUUAAAAUAUAG